AUGGCGCCCUCACGGGGCUGUGCCGGAGCACCCGCGUGCCUGUCGCCCGGAGUGUCCUCCCAGCACUGCAGCGAGGGCAGUGUGACACCCAAGGGAAGCGAGUGUGAGGGAGGCACGGGCCUAGAAGCCGGGGCCAGGGCGAGGCCGCUGGUGAGCGGCGGGAAUCCUGCGGGAGAGGCGGCGGGCCGCCCGGCGCGGCGGGCACUGCGGGCACUGCGGGCACUGCGGACUCUUGCCCCAGGGCCUCCUCGCGGGCGCCGGGGCCGGUUCCCGGUGCUGCAGCGCCCCCUCCUGGCUGCGCAGCGAGGAAGCUGCCCAGAGAAACGCGUGCAAAUGCAAAGGAACAGCCUGGAGCUAGAGACCCCCAAGUGCUCGUGCUCACGGAUGACGUGCAGCCUUCCGGGCGCCAGGAAGCGGCGCGGCCACCGCAUGAUUGCCCCUCCUGCUCUUCUGUGCGUCUGCUAUGCCUCGCCAGGCAAUACAGCCUUUUCCCCUUCCCAGGGGCCCUCUGGCCUCCGCUACCCUGGCCCCAUCCUCUCGUGGCUGGUGGAUCUCGGUCCAAGGACCAACCAGAACAUCGGGGAGUCCUGCCUGGGCUCAGUGCGCUACCUGCCGUGUCACCUAGGGCUCGGGCAGCACCACCGGCUGGGGGGCCGCCACUGCGUGGUGGGACUGGCAGGGACCCAGCUGGGAACCCAUGCGGUUCCCGUGGCUAGUGGUUCCAGUCUUGCCACAGGGUGGGGCAGGGUGGAGACUGGGGGAGCCAGGGCGCAUGGCCUCACUUGCCCCCACUCCCAGUAUGGCAUCGUCCUGGACGCUGGCUCUUCGCACACAUCCAUGUUCAUCUACAAGUGGCCUGCAGACAAGGAGAAUGACACGGGCAUCGUGGGCCAACACAGCUCCUGCAACGUACGCGGAGGGGGCAUCUCCAGCUAUGCAGACGACCCUUCCAGCGCUGGCCAGAGUCUUGUUGAAUGCCUGGACCAGGCGCUGCGGGACGUGCCCAAGGAGAGCCAUGCGGGCACGCCCCUCUACCUGGGAGCCACAGCAGGCAUGCGCCUGCUCAACCUGGCCAGCCCUGCGGCCUCAGCCAAUGUGCUCGCGGCCGUGACCCGGACGCUGACCCAGUAUCCCUUUGAUUUCCGUGGUGCCCACAUCCUCUCGGGCCAGGACGAGGGGGCGUUCGGUUGGGUGACAGCCAACUACCUGCUGGAGAAUUUCAUCAAGUAUGGCUGGGUGGGCCGGUGGUUCCGGCCAAGGAAGGGGACGCUGGGGGCCAUGGACCUGGGGGGCGCCUCCACACAGAUCACCUUCGAGACGGCCAGCCCCGCUGAGGACCCAGCCAACGAGGUCCGGCUGCAGCUCUACGGCCAGCACUACCGAGUCUACACGCACAGCUUCCUCUGCUAUGGCCGCGACCAGGUCCUCCGGAGGCUGCUGGCUGCUGCGCUCCAGACCCACAGCUUCCACCCUUGCUGGCCAAGGGGCUAUUCUACCCACGUGCUACCUCAGGACGUGUACAACUCCCCGUGCACCGCAGCCCAGCGGCCCCCGACCUUCAACAGCAGCAGCAGGGUCAACCUGGCGGGGAGCAGUGACCCUGCCCUCUGCCGUGGCCUCGUCUCAGGACUCUUCAAUGUCUCCUCCUGCCACUUCUCCCGAUGCUCCCUUAACGGCGUCUACCAGCCCCCAGUGGCUGGGAACUUCGUCGCCUUCUCUGCUUUCUUCUACACCGUGCACUUCCUGAGGUCUGUGAUGGGGCUUCCGGUGACAACGCUGCAGCAGCUGGAGGCCGCUGUGGUCACUGUCUGCAGCCAGACAUGGAGUCAGCUGCAGGCCAGGGCGCCCGGGGAGCAGGCCCACCUGCCCGACUACUGCGCGGGGGCCAUGUUCGUGCAGCAGCUGCUGAGCCGGGGCUACGGCUUCGACGAGCGCGCCUUCGGAGGGGUGACCUUCCAGAGGAAGGCCGGCGACACCACGGUGGGCUGGGCGCUCGGCUACAUGCUCAACCUGACCAACCUGAUCCCCGCUGAGCCGCCGGAGCUGCGCAAGGGCACAGACUUCGGGUCCUGGGUGGCGCUUCUCCUGCUCUUCGCCGCCAUGCUUCUGGCCGCCGUGGUCCUGCUGCUGCGCCGGGCGCGCUCGGCCGGAGCGGCGAGCGCCAUCUAGCGGCGUGCCUGCUCCCGGCUCCCCGCCCCCCGCCCGGUCCCACCCGCGACACCUCCGGCCCCAACGCGCUGCCCCGGCCGAGACGGGGUCGCUGGCGCCCGCGCCCGUGGGAGGCAAGAACGGGCGAAGGGAGCCGAAUCCAGCCCCUGCCUGCCCGCUGCAGCCUCCUCCGGCCUCCAAGCUCUCCUGCUCCUCCCCCCUUUCCUGGGGGUGGGGGAUUCAGAGGAUAUCCCCCCGAGUCCUGGGCCGGUGACUUCUGGACUGCGUGUCUAGGGUCCCCCACCCCGCCCUUGGAAGUGUGGGUCUGCACCGGGGCCCGUCAGAGCCCACAGGCUGGGAACACAGCACCUACUUGUGUCAAUUUUGUAAUAAAAGCUUCUUCCUUCCUAGGGCAGCGGAGAGAAUG